AUGCUGAUACGAAGUUCUGACAGUAAUCAAUAUAUUCAUAAUAAUUUGUCAUUAUCAUCAUCGUUUGAUAUGGAUGAAAAUUGUACAAAUGAACUUUCAUCAACAAUUUCUACAAAUACAUUUCCGAAUUCAUUUCUUAUUAUAUUAGUUUUAUCAAUAUUAUGUAUAUUUGGCGUUUGUUUUAUGAUGUUUGGCCCAUUACAACGAUCUGAAGCUCAUAAACGUAUAGAAAAUUUUACAUUUGGUCGUCAUCCAAUAUUCAAUGUUGAUCAUCGUGAACAAUCAAUUGCGACACGUUAUGAUGACUCAAUGGAAUUUUCAAAUAUUUAA